AUGGCCACCCAGGAUCAUGAUCAAGAAACAAGUCUGAGACUCCGCAAACACUGCCGUUAUAAUCUCAAUACAAUCAAGAAUAAAAUCUGCCAGCUACAGACCGACCAUAUCGACCAACACGAUGCCCAAAAUGCGGGCAUCCAACAUCGCCCAAUGUCACUGGAAUCCCAGGCCGAACUCCCCUCCUUUUUCGGGGCAUGGACAGAGGAAGAAUGCUGGUUUCCGCCUGAUGAGGAGGACUCAGAGUAUCCAACCUACAACCCGAAGUCGGAUGAUCGACUGAAAACAAUGGGACUCCAUUACUACUUGGAUAGCUACCUUGGCGGCGCAUGGCCAGCGGACGAAACAAGCUUCCGAAUCUUAAGGGCAGAUCCCCGUCUGAAGGGGCUAUACGAACUUCCCAGUGUCGACGGCCACUCGUGGCAGGCGUCUCUCACCUAUAUCGCGCGUUCCGACGAAGAAAGCAGAUCAUCGCCGCCUCACUUCAGAUGUCUUCUGAGAAGCGAGGUUGCGGGGGAUGAGCGGCUCCUUCAGGGUGAACUUAUCACCAUUAUCGACUCGAUGAUCAACCGGCUGAGCUUCAAGUCCACCUUGCCUCAUACAAUAGCUCCUCAAGUUCGCAUCCUGGAGGCCUGUUUCAAUGGCGAAAACCUUGUGGUCAGCUCGACUAAACUGUACGACAUGAUGACCGAGGACACGGAGAGCCUGAAAUUAUUCCUUUGA